AUGCCAAACCUCUACCAGAACCCGGCGUACGACCCCAAGAACCGGAUGAACCCGUCGCAGCUGCAGAACCACUUCGACGCCUUCUACGAAGACAUUUGGUGCGAGCUCUGCAAGUACGGCGAGCUAGAGGAACUAGUCGUCUGUGACAACAACAACGACCACCUCAUCGGCAACGUCUACGCGCGCUUCAAAUACGAGGAAUCCGCGCAAAAGGCCUGCGACGAGCUCAACUCCCGCUGGUACGCCGGCCGCCCCAUCUACUGCGAGCUCAGCCCCGUCACCGACUUCCGCGAGGCCUGCUGCCGCCUCAACUCGGGCGAGGGCUGCGUCCGCGGCGGCUUCUGCAACUUUAUUCACCGCAAGAACCCGAGCGAGGAGCUGGACCGCGACUUGACCCUUAGCACCAAGAAGUGGUUGAGACUGAGGGGUCGGGACGAGCGGAGUAUGAGCAGGUCGCCUACGCCAGAGGCGUCCAAGAGACGAUAA